AUGUUUCAAAAUAUCCCCCUGAUUUUGUGCAAUACGCCGAUACCUGUUGUUAUUCGCGGUCAAAAUGAGUUUGUUCCGUGCACUUACGAACCGGACCCCGGUGAAUUGAAAGCGCACAUUUUGACAUGCGACGAAGAAGCCAGUCGUGAAUUCGGUAAUCAAUUGCCAAUUAUACAGGCAGACCAAAUCCCUUUGUCGGAGAUACGAAUUCGAGGAACACCGGAAAUGACCCAUUGCCCGAAUCGAGCGUUUCAAGAUGUCAAUUUGGAUGUGGAUCGUGCUCGGGGUCAUUUGGGGAGUGUGGUUCGUCGCGUGGAAAUCAGCGGGGCUGGCAUUAUUCACAUAGAACCCCAAUGUCUGGACGGAUUGUUUACGGUGAAAGAACUGCGUAUUCUGAACGCACCAGGUAGUGAGUCAGGUCAAAACAAAGAAUUGGCGCAAAAUUUAUUUCGAGGUCUCCAGGGUUUGCGGAAUUUGGAAAUUCUUCAUCUGGUUCAUGUUGAUUUGUCCGGGGGUAUCCCGGCACAUGGAUUGGGAAACUGGACAGAUGAAUUACGUUAUGUGCACCUAGAACGAAAUCGUUUGGGUCCGAUUGACUCGGAUGCGUUUUACAAAUCUGGUACGUAUCGAUCGGUGCUACAACAUGCCACAAUGGGCCAGGAGAUUGGUCAGUUUACGAACACUAAGUUGGAGGCGAUCGCAACUGCAACCACCACCAGAAGAGGGCAUUAUCCAAANCAAUCAACGAACUCUAAACUGAUCAAUCUGAUUUUGGACGACUGUGAGUUGACCCGUUUGGUCAGCCAGCGAGCCGAACACCUGCCCGGUUUGAGCCUCGAUCCACUGGGACCUUAUUUGCAAGAGCUCUCGGUAAAUCGGAAUAAUUUUGGCAGUAUGGAAUCUGUGGAUCGGUCUUUGGUUGGGCUACGAGUUCUAUCACAACUGCGACUGCUUCGACUCGAAUAUAACCGGACACCUUUGAAUCGUUUACCAGAAUGGUUUUCUUAUGGAGGUUUGGAUGAACUGCGUGAAUUACGGCUACGGAAAAGUGGGUUAUCAACUAUUCUGAGCAAUUCAUUCCCAUCUAAACUGCAGAGGUUGCAUCUGAGUGCCAACCCUUUACGCGAUAACGAGUUGACCUACGUGCCUAUUGACGCAUUUCAUGCACUGAUCAAUUUGAAACAUCUUGUCUUAGCCGGAAAUCUCCUCGGAUCGAUCACACUGAUGGAUGUAAGCAGACGGCCAUUUCAAUCCAACACAAGCCGGCGUCAUCGAUUACAACGACUGGAUCUGCGCUUUAAUCAACUUCAGUCACUGGACAGAUGUGCGAGUAUGUUUGGUCUAGGUGAACCGCUAGAAGAAAUCAUACCUCAACAACCUAUUUGGCUAACUGGUGAGAAUAGUCCAACAAUCGAUAGGAACCCGGAGCCACAUGCGAUCGGCGUACAGGAUGAUCCCAUGGUGGGACUGAACGACUGGUUUGGUGGCCUAAGCCUGACAGGAAAUCCGUUUGUGUGUGACUGUCGUCUAUCUUGGUUACGUUCGUACAUAUCACGAAUGGAUAGCCAUGUGAUACAAAGUGUGCCAGAUCAGACAUUUCCAUCUGGUUACCGCUCUUAUCGAAGCGAGGCACUGGACUUUGUUUGUGCGGAUGCGGGUCCAUGGCGAGGUCGAAAGUUUCUCAGUUUGAAACCAAUUGACCUGUAUGCAGUGCGCCACGACCAGUGUCAGAAAGAACCUGAAAUUUACGGAGACGGGAUGCAAAUCGAAAAGGCCCUAACUCCAUGUCGAAUGGUUCUGGCACAGGAUAUAAACGGGUCAAACCGACCUAGUGGUCACAUGCUUAUGGGCCCUGGUGAUCAAGUGAGACCGCUCGGCUCAGGUCUAGAAAAGAAGAUUAAUCGAACAAGUGGAAAAAAGAGUUCAGAAACCAUGGGCAUAUCACUUGAAGCAUUUAUUCUGGUCAUUAUAGCUUCAGUAGCGUCUUUGUGUUUUGUUAUUAUCAGUAUCAUCAUAAUUCUAUGGUUAUGCCUACGUCUUAAACGUCAAGAGAAUUGGAGAAAAGCCGGGACUUAUUCGCGUGGGAAGCCUGUGGGAGAAAACCGAAGUAAAUUCUUUGUGGAUUGUUUCAGCAACCGAUGCUGUUCCAGUCGUACACGUCACUCGGCCGGCAAAACUGUUACAGUGGGCAGUUAUUCAACAACAGGAACAGUGAUCAAAUCCUACGGUGCUCUGCGUAAUCCACGAAGCAUCGAAAGUGAAUAUGGACCCACAAGCAUGGACUCAUCCGAUGCUGGUACAGUGUACGAAGAACCAGUGGAAUCAUACUACUCACAAAUGUCAGAUGUAGAAAUUGUGACAAUUCAACAACAGGAACAGUGA